UUCUUCUCUUUCUACCUUUAAAAGCAAAGGCUGUAACAUCAUAGUUUUGUCUUCAAAGCCAUCAGCAAAUAUUAGUCAUGUUUCAUCAAGGUGUGUCCUGGAGAGACAGAAAACCCACAUGACUCUCUUUAUCCAUUUCUUCUUACUGCAUGAGAGCCAGCUGCUCCCCGGGAACAACUUUACCAACGAGUGCAACAUACCAGGCAACUUCAUGUGCAGCAAUGGACGGUGCAUCCCGGGCGCCUGGCAGUGUGACGGGCUGCCUGACUGCUUCGACAAGAGUGAUGAGAAGGAGUGCCCCAAGGCUAAGUCAAAAUGCGGCCCGACCUUCUUCCCCUGCGCCAGCGGCAUCCACUGCAUCAUUGGUCGCUUCCGGUGCAAUGGGUUUGAGGACUGUCCCGAUGGCAGCGAUGAAGAGAACUGCAGUAAGUGCUGUGCACUUGGACGCUGUGAUCCCUUGUUCUUUCCCGCCAGCCAAACUUGUCCAC